AUAAUCAUAAACAUUAUUCUCACAAUUCAUAGUACAAACUACAAAUAUUAUCAAUUUACGAUUCGAUAAUUAUUUUUAAAUUUCUGUUUAUUGUUUUAUAUUUUUACAGGUAUAUUAUACAAUCGAAUACCUAUAUACCUUAUGCUGUAAACAUUAUAUUAUAAUAAUUAUAUAUUAUUAAUAUUAAGUAGACAGAAAAAUAAUUAUAUUACGAGAUUUACCAUCAAAACAAUUGUGUUAUAUUUUAAUUACGUACAAUAAUGGCCCAUCAUUUCAAGGAAGAAGACAUUGACGAAUUUAGAGAAUGUUUUUAUCUAUUUGCUAGAGAAGGGACAAUUAAUAAAUUAGACGAACUCAGUGUAAUUAUGCGAUCUCUAGGAAUGAGUCCAACAAUAACUGAAUUAAAGAAAUACUUUUCAGAAAACAAUGGAAAAUUACAUUUUCCAGAUUUUCUGAAGGUAAUGCACAAUCAUUGUCGUGUAGAAAAAUUACCUAAUGAAAUUUUAGCAGCUUUUAAAGCUAACGAUCGUCAACAUAGCGGAACUAUUCAUAGCAAACAUCUUAAACAUCUAUUGCAAGGUUGGGGAGAGCAUUUAAAUAGCAAAGAAGUUGAACAAAUUUUUCGAGAAGCCAAUGUCCAUCCUAAUGGCAAAGUUAACUAUGAUGAAUUUGUAAAAAUUGCUUGUGCACCAAUUCCUGAUUAUUACUAAUUGUCACAUUUAUAAAUAUUUAUUAAAUUAUUUAAUCUUAAUAGCAUUGGUUGAUGUAUCCCUAGUAUGUUGUGAAAUGCGAUUUCUAUGUUUUUCAUUCACAUAUUUCUAAUUAUACCUGGAUUUACACUGGCAAGUAUUAAAAAUGUAAACUUUCAACAAUGCUCUAAGUGAAACUAUUUAUGCUUGAAUAUUAUUUUUAAUUGUUAUUAAUUUAGAAUUUUUAUACUAUAAUAUUAUACUAAUUUAUAAAUCAAAGAUGAAUAUGCACAUGUAUGUUUUUUUUUGUUUGUUUAAAAAUAAGUAAAAACCAUAUAAUUUCACUAAAAGCUUAUAUGGCAUUAUUUACUAUUUAUAUUUAUUGAGAAAUGAAAGAUAAAUAAAUAUCAAACAUAUUAUUAAUUUAA